AUGGAGGGGCUUUGGAGGACGCUGGUUGAUGCCCAUUUGGAGGUUUUGAAUGCGACAGGGUGGGGCGCGCUGCUGGAUGGACUGGCGACGUCAUGGAGUGAGGGCGGAAGCGGCAUGUUGCAUCUCAUGUACCAGCAGGCCAGCAAUUUUGUGGCGGCGGUUAACUGGUCCGAGCCAUUCUUCACGUACCUCGCGUUGUUUCACUUAGUUGUCAUUGCUCUGGUGUUAGCGCUCACCUGGCGUGCGUCGGCGGAGCGUAUAUUUGUAGUGGAUGCUCUUGUCCUUUUACUCGGCUGGUGCUCGUCGCACAUCAACGAAUUUGGACGAUCGCAUGCGUCGGCGAUAUUUGUGGAAAAAGGAGUGAACUACUUUGACCGCGGGGGCCUGUUUAUUAGUGUGGUGUACUGGUGUCCGCUUUUUCUCGUUGCCCUGCUUCUGCAGGGACGCCUUCUCGUGCAGAUGUUGAGGUUGAUGAUUGUAACAAAGCGAAAACAGCUGCAGAAGGAAAUGAAGGAAAGGGUCGCCGCCGCCGUCGGAGGGGGAGAAGGAGCGGGGAUAAAGACUUCUUCUACUGGUGCUACAGGGAAGACAUCUACUGAAACGAAGAAGAAGAAUUGA